GCGAGUUUCCCACUAAGAUACCUAGGUAAGCUACUCACCCUGGCCCUCUUCAAUGCCAUCCUCUCCAAGAGCAAUAUGUUACAAAUUCAAAAAAUCCUCUUCCUUGCCAUCGCCGCAAUCAUCUGGCGUCUUCUUUGGAGGCUUUGGUUGCACCCGUUGAGCAAGUUCCCCGGUCCAACUCUAGCGGCCAUAUCCAAUUUGUCCUAUUUCAAAUGGUCAAUCUCAGGGGAGCUACACAGCAAAAUCCAGGAGUUGCAUGAUUGCUAUGGUGACGUCGUGCGCAUUCGUCCCAACGCCCUGACGUAUCGAGAUGCACAGGCCUGGAGUGAUAUCUACGGUCAUCGCAAGGCCGGGAAGCCAUCAUGUACCAAAGAUCCCGAGUUCUAUAUUCAAUCUUCUAGUGGUAGCGCCGCUAACCUCAUCAACUCCAACGACGUGGAUCAUGCGCGGCAGAAACGGCUGCUAACGCAUGCCUUCUCUGACCGGUCCUUGCGGGACCAGGAACCAUUAAUCAUGGGAUAUAUUGACACCUUCAUCAGUCGGCUAGGAGACACAGCCAGUCGGCAUGCCGAUGAUGAACCAGUUGAUAUGCUCCGCUGGUUGAACUUUUUGACUUUUGAUAUAAUUGGCGAUCUGGCGUUUGGGGAGAGUUUCGGUUGUCUGGAAGGCUCGGAGUAUCAUCCCUGGGUCGAGACCACGUUCAAAAGCAUCAAAACUGGUGCUGUUCUCAGGGCCUUUUCAAUCUACCCUUCCCUUGCAAUUCUAAUUCGCAAGCUCAUGCCGAAGAAAUUAAUCCGCAAGCGCGUUGAUCAUUAUAAGUUCAGCAAGGAUCUUGUGAAUAAACGACUCGCCACCAGCACAUCUCGGCCUGACUUUCUCUUUUAUGUUCUACGGUACAACGAUGAGCGUGGAAUGCAAACCGCGGAGAUUCAGUCUAAUGCUGCUCUGCUCAUACAGGCCGGUAGUGAAACCACUGCCACCACACUGGGUGCAUGUCUCUUCUAUUUGAAGAAGCGUCCUGAGUGCUAUCAAGCUCUUGUGAAAGAAGUUCGGGCUGCGUUCGGCUCUGAAGCAGAGAUCACAGCUUCCAAUGUAUCCCGGUUACCAUAUCUGAAUGCUGUCAUUGAGGAAGGUCUCCGAAUGUAUCCUCCAGCACCAGCUAUUGGACCUCGGGUCAUUCCUCCCGGAGGCGCAGUGGUCUGCGGUCAGUAUUUGCCUCAAGGGACUUCCGUUUCCGUCGCUCAUUAUUCGACCUUUCGCGGCCUGUCCAACUUCGCCGAGCCAAAUUCGUUCCAUCCUGAACGGUGGCUAAAAAGCAACAACGACCCUCGCUUCAAGAAUGACAAGAAAGAGGCUCUCCAGCCCUUUUCGUUUGGUCCGCGCGCUUGCAUUGGCCGAAAUCUCGCGUACGCCGAGAUGCGUCUUGUCCUUAGCAAGAUGUUAUGGAACUUUGAUAUAAGUCUUGAUCCCCAGUCACAUCAUUGGGACAAGUCCAAAAGUUAUAUUGUCUGGGAGAACCAGCCAUUAUGGGUGCAUCUUCGACAGGCAGUUUGAAAGGAAUAAUACAUGUACAACGCAUGUCAAGAGCUGUUGGUGAAGUGGGCAUUUGAAUACCGAGAAAAUCAGAGACAGCGAGGUACAUUUCUAUUCUGUCCUAUUUGCAACCCUUGGGUGGUGUUCAUGCUCUGGAUCGGUUCCAUAAAACUGCUUUGACGAAUAUAUAUAUAAAGGCGGCCUGCAUACAUUAGGGCGAGACUACUCACGCCUCUAAGAUAACUCUGUCAACAUCGCAACAUUUACUAGAGCCCCU